GUCCCGGUAGAUUGCGUGUAACUGUGUGACUUUGAGAUGAAAAGGAGAGUCAGCAACAAACUGAAAUUAGUGACCUUUGUGAUUCAUGUUCGAUCCAAAUCUUGCAUAUCAAGUUUAUACUACUAUUAUGGCGAUAUGCUGUUGGAAUAACUUGACAUGAGUAGACGAUAGAUGCCUCUGUGUGUUGUGAUUUGAACAUGGCUCUGUGGCUCGUAGGCUUGUAAAAUUAAUGGAGUGAAAACUAUUCAGAAAUUCUCGGGAAAAGAGUCAAAUGCCAAUUAUAGAACUGUACAACUGAAUUUCAAAAUGGCUGCCUGUUUAUUCAUGGUUUUACGGCGCACCAAACAUAAAAUAAUUGGGUUGAUAUUCAAAGUAAAUCCGUUUGAAGCAACGUUUUGUAAGCAGGGACAGCCAAGAGGCUCCCGUUCGAAGCGGAAUAGCCGUACAGAGUAUUUUAGAAUCACUGCACCAGCAUUACUUACGCCAGACUCAGGAUGGUGCUGAAUUUGAAACUAAAUUUGCACCAUUGUCCUGCCGUUUGCUGCCACAGUUGGCUGAAUGAGCACUGCAUGAAGCUCCUCCAGUUUACUCAUUCGUGGCUAAUUGGAUGGUGAAACAUGAGUGAUAAGAGAAAAAAAUAUGGACUUGCUUCGGCCUCUGCACUUACCGCUGUGCAGAUCAAAAUGGAAGGCCAAGAAAAUCCUGAAACCAUAUCGGAUAUACAGAAUUACCUGGAAACAUUCAAUAAAGAAAUCCAAGGAGGAGAGCAAACUGUUCAACAUGUUACAGCUGAAGUGGUUACCACUGAAGAAAAUCCUGAGGAGGGAACUUAUUUUGUGGACCAGUCAGGUCAUUACUAUUAUCAAGCAAAUGGUGAUCAGCAGCCAGUUAUGACAGUUGUAUCAGAGACAUCAGCAGAAGUAACAGAUGGGGCUUCUGAAGCAACAUAUGUAACUAUGCCUCAGGAGAGUACUCAUGUUGAAGAAACCAUUACAGGGUUGGAGUCAUCUCAGGAGGCUGUGACUACCAAUGGAGCUGAUACUAGUAUGAUUUUAAACACAACAGAUACAUAUCAGACAGUCACAAUAGUACCAUCAGAUACAAAUCCAGGAGAGGUCUCAUAUGUUCUCAUUGUGCAGCAACCUGAUGAAAAGGAUGACAAAACUGAUGACCAAGAUCUUACUGUCUAUGACUUUGACGAAGGUGAAGAAGGUGGGAUUGCAAUGGAGUCAGGUGAUGAAGACGACAAAACUAAGAUUAUUAAAAUCUUGCCCAAGAAGUCACAGACUGUAACACAAGCUCAUAUGUGUAAUUAUUGCAAUUACACAAGCCCGAAAAGAUACUUACUUUCCCGCCACAUGAAGUCACACUCUGAGGAACGGCCACACAAGUGCAGUGUUUGUGAAAGAGGAUUCAAAACUUUAGCAUCUCUUCAGAACCAUGUCAAUACACACACUGGCACUAAGCCUCACCGUUGUAAAUUUUGUGACAGUGCUUUUACAACAUCAGGUGAGCUCGUAAGACAUGUUCGGUACAGACAUACACAUGAGAAACCACAUAAAUGUUCAGAGUGUGAUUAUGCGAGCGUGGAAUUGAGUAAAUUGAAGCGCCACGUGCGAUGCCACACUGGUGAGAGACCCUAUCAGUGUCCACAUUGUACAUAUGCAAGUCCUGACACAUUCAAACUAAAGAGGCAUCUCAGAAUUCACACAGGAGAAAAACCAUAUGAAUGUGAUAUAUGCCAUGCACGAUUUACUCAGUCAAAUAGCUUAAAAGCCCAUAAACUUAUUCACAGUGCUGGUGAUAAACCAGUGUUCCAGUGUGAAUUAUGCCCUACUACGUGUGGACGGAAGACAGACCUACGCAUCCAUGUACAGAAACUUCACACUUCAGAUAAGCCACUCAAGUGCAAACGGUGUGGGAAAUCGUUUCCAGAUAGAUACACAUACAAGAUUCAUAAUAAAUCGCAUGAGGGAGAGAAGUGCUUCAAAUGUGAUCUUUGUCCAUACGCAUCUAUCUCCCAUCGACAUUUGGAGUCUCACAUGCUUAUACAUACAGAUCAGAAGCCUUAUCAGUGUGAUCAGUGUGAUCAAAAUGGGGAAAAAAUUAAUUUGUGUUUGCAGUCAUUUCGGCAGAAGCAGCUUCUGAGGCGACAUCAGAAUCUCUAUCACAACCCUAACUAUGUUCCUCCACCUCCACGGGAAAAAACGCAUGAAUGUCCAGAAUGUGGCCGACCUUUCAGGCACAAAGGGAAUCUCAUACGACACAUGGCAGUACACGAUCCUGAGUCUUCAGCGCAAGAAAAAGCUCUUGCUCUCAAACUCGGACGUCAAAAGAAAAUCCAGAUCAUUGAUGGUCAGCAGGUUGAAGUAAUGGCUGGUGAGGAUGAGGAUGAAGAUGAUGAAGAUAGUGAAUCAGAAAUGAUGGCAGUUGAAGGACAAGAUGGGCAGCAAUAUGUUGUUCUUGAAGUAAUACAGUUACAGGAUGGUGAUGGAGAUGACCAAACAGUUGCUGUAGUAACCGGAGAUCCCAACCAUAUUCAGGGUCAUAACGUUGGUAUCCACGCAGGGGACAGUGAUGACGAAGGCAUACUGAGUACUCAGCACAUAGCAACUGAGUCCAGUCUGACAGAUGAUGAAGAUGUCAUACACACACUCCAGGGAAGCAGAAAAUUGUCGAGAAAAGAUGCCCUUGCCAUUAGGAAAAGAAUUGAAAGUGAAAAGGAUGUACAAACAUGUUUUGGAUUUGAUGACGAGCCAGAUGGUGAGGAUGAUGACGAUGAUAAUACCAAGACAACGAUUCAACUUCUGGAAGCAAUACGUCAGUAAAUUGUGAUACGUUAUUUAUAUACAUAUAUAUGACUGUGCAUUAUGAUCAGCACGAUCUGACACUUUACUGUGCAGAAGGUGGCUGUUUGAUGAAACACAUUCCCAAAGAAUGUCAGAACAAUAAGCAGCAGAAGCUGCUGUUUGACUUCUGUGGUUAAUUGUACAUUUCUGAACAGUGGAUCCGCCCUUUAAUGUAAAUAGUGUAGUUGCCAUGUACAUAUUAAUGUUCAGAGUGUCAAUUCUAGCAUUCUAUUGUGACUAUAGCUUUUUUUUAAAUAUUCGAAUGGAUAUAAUGUACAAAUAUCAAAUGUUUAAAACAUUUGUAAAUCGGACAGAAUUUUCUACAGCAUGUUCUGGUAUAUCCAGACUGUGCAAUAGCAGUUCUCUAUGAGAAAUACUACUAAUGUUAUAACAGCAUUCUUGCAGAAGUACUUGUUAUGUGUAUAGUCUUAGUGAGUUAUCAGCUGCAUGAAUUGUGAAUGUCAUAGUUUUCUUUAUUUAUACAUUUUUGUCACAGACAAUGACAUAUUUAAAAUCUGCCAGUGCUUGUUUUGCUCUUUUCACAUCCAGAAGUAAUAUGUUCUGUACUGAGAAAGAAAGAAUGGGCUGUGAGUCACUUUCAUCAAGAAACUGGAAAUAAUUUUAUUUCCUAAAACUGCAUAAACAUAUUAAUUGCUUCAAGUUUUAAGUGCAAAGAUGUUUGUUUGUAUGUUCAAUUAAUGGUAAUUUUUACCAUGUAAAAAGUUACUCUUUUUUCUGUGAUUAUUUCACUUUAUUUUGUAUAACUGCAACAACUCUUGUGCAUAUUCUCAUCAUUGUGGUAUGUAAAUGAUAUGCAUAAGUUUGUCAAAGAAAGACCAUCAGAUGUAAUUUUUUUUUUUAAGAUAAAUCAAUCUUUUGACUGCCAUCAGUACCAAAGCUCAGUAGUUUGCAGUAUGAAAGGUGUAAAAUAUUUUCAUGUCAUAAAUAUGUUCCAAGUAAGAUAGGGACUACCUCCCAGGCACCAUUGGACAAACUAUGCAAAAGCUGUUCAAAUUUUGAACAGAAACACUACUUAACAUAUAAGAGUUGCGUCUGUGUGUGUGUGUGUGUGUGUGUGUGUGUGUGUGUGUGUGUUUGUUUGAGGGGGGGGGGGGGGAGUGGUAAGGAAGAAAUUAUUCUAAAAGGAGUAUGGAAAUGUUUGUGAUCCUAUAUUCAAAUAAAAAGCAUGAAAAUGGCUGAAGAUUCUGUAAUAUGUAAUACAAAAUGUGAAGAUUUUGUCCUGAUGUUUCUACUCUAAAUGGAAGUAAAUUAGUUAUGUUUGAAGGAACAUGUAUGUAAAUUAUUGUGAAAUUAAGAAUCAAAAGAUAAAUAUUGAUCUGUUUUGUGAAGACACUGUGAUAAAUUAAUUAUGCUCUUACCAUAUCAUGAUAUUGUACACUUUCAGAUAUUUUCGUUCAUUAAUCUUGAUGGCUGCCAAAAUAUUGACCAGUUUUAACUUGUCAUUUAACCUUACACCUUUCAUAUGUAUUGUAAUGCGUCUUUUGUUUCUGACAGAUCACACGAUUUCUGUAAAUGUACCUGUUUCGUCUUUGUGGAGAUAUUUGUUAUGAUGAUCACAUCUGUUGCAGCGAUGAGAGAAAUAUGCAGUAUUUUGGGGAAAAAUACAAAAUAUAAUAAGAAAAAUGCUCAUUCUCUGAC